UAAUGAAAAGAUAGUCCCCAGAGAGUUCUGCAACGAUAAAAAAACAAAUCCAUAAGAGAUUAUAGAAACGAUAGACAAUUAGGGAACUUUACUAAUAAAAGGCAUGGAAAACAUUAGUCAAAGUUGGAUCAUAAACUAAAGGGUUAUAUGAAGAAUAUGACACAAUUAAGGUUCAAGGGUAAGUAUUGAGUGUUGGGGAUUCAGUUUUAAUUAAUAGUGGAGAUCAACAUGAUGAGGAUUAUGUUGGAACCUUAAAAUAAAUUAUAUCAAUAAAAGAGCCAACAACAACGAAAUUGAUAUGUUUGUGUAAAAUUUAAUGGUAUAUGAGAAAAAGUGAGAUCAUCAAAUCUAAGCCAAAAUGUUCAGAAUGGAUUUCUGAACAAGAAUUAUUUUUAACUAACCAUUAAGAGUAUAUUUUAGCCUAGAGUAUAAUUGCUAGCUGUAAAAUAUUGAGCUGCAAUGAAUAUUAAGAGUUAGAUGAAAUAGAAUCCACUAUUUAUUUUAAUAGAUUAGAAUGGGAUCUUUAGAAAAAAUAAUUUGGUAAUAUGGAUUCAGUCUAAUAAUUUUGCUUUUGCUCUUAACCGGUGAAUCCCGAUAGACAAUAUAUACAAGUAUAUCAUAAUAUCAUUUUAAGUGUGAUUCAUGUAAGAAUUGGUACCAUUUCGAAUGUGUAGGUAUAAAAAAUGGCAAAUACCUUCAAAACGAAUUCCAUUGCAGUAAGUGUUAAUGA